UGCAGAUCCAAAACAAAAAUCCUCCAAAUGGAUUGUGUAGUUCCGGAUUGUAGUUACAGUUCCCAGCCGGAUUGUGUAUUUAUUCGAUUUCCAGAAAACGAAACCCUACGUGAACGAUGGAAACGAGCCAUCGAGUUCGGUUCUGGCUUGCUGGCACAGUGCACACCCAGCGGAAAAGCCGAAUCUCACGAUCUGGCAAUCUGUAGCUGGCAUUUUGAGGACAAGUCGUUCUCCGAUUACCAGGAACCGUGUUUGUUUGAAGACCGCAAUGGUGAAUUGUCGGAAGUUUGUAGCUGUCGAAUUUGUUUGCAGUUCUAUCAUCGAAACGAAAUGGUUUCCAUGGAUAGUAAAGUAGGUCGAAAGACAGUUUCCGGCUUAAUCAAAAGGAUUCUGGGGCUCACGCUGGAGGACAAGGACUUUCUAAUGCAAAUUUGCGAGGAAUGCUUGGUGAAACUUGAUAUUUGCCUAAACUGGAUCCAGGAAGCCAAGACAGUUGGAGCGCAAUUCAAUGAAUUGGCAGUGGCCGCUGAAAACGAGAAAACUACCUUCUUGGAAUCGAAAAAUGAACUUGUCGAAUUGUGUGACGAUCAAGACCUGUGCGUAGACGAAUUCGUCGAAACAAUCAGGAUCGAUCAAGAUAGCAGUAAAUACGUUGCUUUCGAAGUAGAUUUAAUUCCUGAACCUGGAGAAUCGCAGUAUGAUUCUAAUGUGGAAUUUGUAGCUGUUGCUUCAGAUGAAACAGGCCUAUUACUGACGGAAAAAUCACCAAAACGUAAGCGUAGGCGAGGACCAGCGCGUGCUCGGAAGCGUUCUUUACCUGUAGUAGUGGUACAAAAGCAAGACUUUAAGGCCAUACUUGCCCGUAAAUGCUAUAUUUGUAACACGUUACACAGUUCCAACAACGACUUAAUAGGUCAUCUACCGACUCACGCAGCAAAUGCCGAUUAUCAAUGCGCGGAAUGUGGUGAUAAAAGAUUUAACAAGGUUUCUUCAUACAACCAUCAUCUGAGUUUUCACGAUUUGGAAAAUCGACCAAUGAAAUGCGACCUCUGUAAGCUUGGGUUUUCUACUGUGCCUAGUCUGAAGGCCCACCAAAAUCGCGAGCAUGGAGCUGAUCACGUGCUUUGCAAGCCCAAACGUCGAACCACGGGAAAGUCCUAUCAAUGCGACACAUGCGGGAAGACGUUCCGGAAUUGCUAUCAACUACGAGAGCACGAUAAUUUUUAUCAUAAGAAAAUUUUUACCGCGGUCUGCACCGUUUGUAGUAAACCAUUUCCGACAAAGUCUCUGCUGCUGAAGCAUUACAUAGUGCAUUCCGGCGAAAAGCCGUACAAAUGUGACUGGUGCGGGGAGGCGUACAAGAAUUCCACCUGCCUGGAUAAUCAUGUGCUGAAACACAAAAGUGGACGUUUGAAGGGAAAGCGCAAGAAUUGAAGAUCGGUGCCAGAAGGCGGAGCUGAUGGUGAUGAGCCAGAUUGGACGGACGAAUUUGGUAGGUUUAAGUUGUGACUUGUCAAUGCGGGCGUCUCGUAAUAUAAUAGAAAACAUUGCGUAGUAACUGAUAUGUAUUGUAUCAUGCCAUUGUAUGUU